AUGGGUGUUGAUGCUGAACUUGCGAUCCCGGUCAUUGAGUUUCGGACCGGUUCGCCGGAUUUGGAGCGAGGGACCGAAGGAUGGCACCAUUUGUGCAAGAGGGUUCGAGAGGCUUGCGAGACCUAUGGUUGUUUCGAGGUGGUGUACGAAAAGAUAUCGAGAGAAGUCCGAGAGGAGACGUUUGAGUUGUUGAAUGAACUGGUUGACAUCCCAUUAGAGAGGAAACAAUUGAACGUUAAUCCCAAGCCUUACCAUAGCUAUUUUGGACCAUGUAGCCAAGCUUGUUUGUAUGAGGGCUUCGGCAUUGAAGAUGCCUCCAACUACGACUCUGUUAACAAUUUUGCUCAACUUAUGUGGCCAAAUGGUCAUCCUCGAUUUAGCCAAACCAUUAACACCAUGGUGAAGCAAAUGGAGGAGCUAAAUAAUAUAAUCUGGUUAAUGAUUAUCGAUAGCUAUGGAUUAAGAGAAAAAUGGGAGUCACUAAUGAUGAGAUACAACGUGUUAUUGCGGAUGAUGAAAUACAUGGCCCCAUCAUUAGGCGAAUAUAAGAGAGGAUUGCUUGCUCAUACAGAUAAACCAGCCAGCACAAUCAUUUGUGAUAAUCAAAUUUCAGGACUAGAAAUUGAGGUCAAGGACGAUAAAUGGAUCAAGUUGUCUACAUCUCCUAAUUCUUUUGUUUUUUUAGUUGGAGAUCCUCUUAUGGCAUGGAGUAAUGGAAGAAUGAAAGCAUUGAAGCACAGGGUAAUGAUGAGAGGAGCCAACGAUCGAUACUCUAUAGCAGCCUUCACAAUUCCAGUUGAAGGUACCAUAAUCAAAGCACCUAAAGAGCUUAUAGAUGAUCAACAUCCUCAGCUUUUCAAAGACUUUGACUUCAUGGACUUCCUUUUUUUUUCCUUUUCCGAGCAAGUAAAGCUCAUCGACUCCCCCGACCAGAUCUACGCAUUUGCUUCUCUCUCACCGCCAAUUUCUGAUCAAAAGCAUGGAAGUUAA